CCUCCGCCUCGCCUUAUAUAACAAUUCAAUCCGGCCCGGCCCUCCGCUGCUCAGGUCCUCAGCUCGAUCCCCCUCCGCAACACGACACCGCCGCACCACACCAAUCCGAUCGAAUCCGCCGCAGCGGCGACGGCCAUGGAGGCGGCGGCGGAGCUGGCGCUGCGCCUCCGGGCGGCCGCCAACGCCCGCCUCGCGCGCUACGAGCCGCUGGCGCUCGCCGCCGCGCCGCUCCUCGCGCUCCUCGUCGCCCGCCUCGCCCACGCCGCCGCCAGCGCCGUCGCCGACCGGGGCCUCGUCGCCAUCGCCAUCGCCGCCGUCAAGUUGCUGCCGGGAGUCUCCAGCUACAUCGCGGCGGAGAAGAAGAAGGUUGUUGACAAGAUGCAAUCUGGUGGGACAUCGUCCAAGAACAACCGGCGAACUGAGUUGCCGACAAUUGGCCUUGGUGAGGAAGUGAUAAAGGAUCUUGAAACAUUGAAAGCCAAAGAUGUAGACUGGCAGGGAAAGUGCUCUGGCACAGUAUAUAUCGCUGGAAGUGAGUCUGAGGGCCAUUUCGAAUUGAUAAACAAAGCUUACUCUAUGUUUUCACACACCAAUCCGCUGCAUCAAGAUGUAUUCAAGAGUGUGGCACACAUGGAAGCUGAAGUAGUUGCAAUGACAGCUGCUUUGCUUGGCAGCAAAGAAAAAUCAUCCGGUGGACAAAUUUGCGGCAACAUGACAUCUGGUGGAACUGAAAGCAUAUUAUUAGCAGUCAAAACAUCGCGCGACUAUAUGCGAUCAAAGAAAGGAAUUACAAAGCCUGAAAUGAUAAUUGCUGAAUCAGCACAUUCUGCAUAUGACAAGGCUGCUGAAUAUUUCAAUAUUAAAGUGCGCCGUGUGCCUGUGAACAAAGAGUUUCUUGCAGAUGUGAAAGGAUUCAAGCGAUGCAUAAAUGGAAACACCAUAAUGAUGGUUGGAUCUGCACCAGGAUUUCCGCAUGGUUUAAUCGAUCCUAUUGAGGAAUUGGGGGAACUGGCUUCACGCUAUGACAUUUGCUUGCAUGUUGAUUUAUGCCUUGGUGGCUUCGUAUUGCCUUUUGCCCGUAAGCUUGGGUACCCUAUUCCUCCUUUUGAUUUUUCUGUCAAGGGUGUUACGUCAAUCUCAUCAGAUGUUCACAAGUACGGAUUAGCCCCAAAGGGCACAAGUGUUGUCCUGUACAGAAAUCAUGAAAUUAGAAAGCAUCAAUUUGUUGCUGUAACCGAGUGGACCGGCGGGCUUUAUAUUUCUCCCACUAUUGCUGGAAGCAGGCCAGGUGGAUUAAUUGCAGGAGCCUGGGCUGCUAUGAUGUCUAUGGGACUGAAUGGCUACUUGGACAGUACAAGUCAUAUCAUGGAAGUUUCGAAGAAAAUACAAAGAGGGAUUGAAGAGAUCCCAGGACUGUAUGUGAUUGGGAAACCAGACAUGACCGUUGUGGCAUUUGGCUCAGAUGUUGUCGACAUAUUUGAGGUGAAUGACAUAAUGUCGUCGAAAGGUUGGCACCUUAAUGCUCUGCAGAGACCUAACAGUUUACACAUUUGCGUGACCCUCCAACACACGACUGUUUACGGGGAGUUCCUGAAGGACCUGCAAGAUUCUGUGAACACUGUGAAAGCAAACCCGGGCCCUAUCAGCGGGGGGAUGGCUCCUAUCUACGGUGCCGCAGGGAAGAUGCCGGACAGAGGCACGGUGAGGGAGCUUCUUGUGGAGUUCAUGGACAGCUCUUGCUAAAACUGAUUAUGGCUUGUGAAUAACAGUCGCAUUGUUGUGAUUUGUUUGUUGCCUUGGCAACACAAAGUUACUUACCAUUGGAAAGGGGAAAUAGGCAGUGAGGCGUUACACCGUAUGUAUACAAGAUCACAAGAACUGAGUGAGCAUAGCUGUGCAAUGGAGUGUCUGUAUGAUUGUACAUCAAUAUCAGAGCAUGCCUAUGCAAAUGCAAUGUACAAUGCACCCACCAGACUUACACAUGUAUCUUUUUCCAAUAAAACAUUGUCACAUUUCAGGUGUAUUUUUUAAAAAUAAAUCAUUUCAGGUGUAUUUAUAAUGGCACCUGACAGAAGAAGAGACAGAAUCUUUAUAAUGGCACCUGCUCGUAAACGCAUGAUAGAAGGCACACUCCUGUACUCCCUCAGUCCCAAAAUAAAUGUAAUUCUAGAGUUCAAAAUUUGUCUCACAAAAUUUUUUAACUUUGACCCACCUAGCACAUAAGACAAGCAAAUUUCCAGAAGAUUCUCACAUAAGACAACUAACACCUCUUUCACUUAUCACAAAAGACAAAGGGUAUUUUUGUAAUUUCACACUAUGCUUUGGUUUUCGUGUCCAGUCUUAUAAUUGCAUUUAUUUUGGAACGGAUGAAGUAUGAUGCUAGUGUGGCAUACAGCCCACACAUGUGUGUGUUCUUCUUUGCAUUAACAUUAAUGAAAAUAAAAGUAUGAGAAGAAUUAAGAGGCAAUUUUUGUUUCUGAUUCGUGCAUUGAGAAUUGAUCACGAGUUUUGAUAUUAAUCCGGCACCAUUUACGCGGCAAUUUGGGGAUGAAAAAGAUCGGCCAAGAGGAGUACGUUUUCGUGAGGCUAAUAGUACGUCUAUGCUUCAAACAAACGUGUUCAGAAAAGGUGCUCGCAGCAUAAAAAGACCGCGCACUUUCAGGAUUUGAACCAACGAACUUCCCCCUGCCGGUGAGGGACGGUUUCCUGCUCCGUCCGGCACGGUGGUUGGUGAGAUCGGCAUCAGGCGGGCGCCGCCGGAGUACAACAGAGGAAGGGCGGUGGCAGCAACUGGGGCGGGGCGGCCCGGGCGGGGCUGAGCCGCUGAGGAGGUGACGCGGAUUACCUAUGCCGCCAUGCGCCUAUUCAAGCCAUACGCCGCCGCCGCCGGCAGCGUCGCCUCGCGCUUCGCCGGCGCCUCCACGCCGCUGGACGCGCGCAUGGUCAAGGCGGUCCUCGACCCACUCGCCUGCCGCCUCAACCUCGAGUUCAACUCGCUCAUCUCCUCCGGCCGCGACGACAGAGCCCGCAAGGUGUUCGACAAGAUGCCCGAGAAGACCGUCCAAUCCCUCAACCGCAUGCUUUGGGCGUACUUCAGGUCCGGCGACCUCGCCGCCGCCGAGGACCUGUUUGGUGCGUCGACCUGCCGCAACGCCGUCACCUGGACCAUCAUGAUGGACGUGGCCACCGCGGGCGGGCGUGGCUCCAAUGCCGUGUCGGUCUUCCGCGACAUGCUCAGGGAGGGCGAUGCGCCUGACCAUGUUGCCGUCUCCACCGUGCUCAAGGUGCCUGGAUGCGAUGUCGCGUCGCUCCAUCCCUUGGUCACCAAGCUCGGCCUUGGCACCAGCCUCAUUGUCUGUAACACGCUGAUCGAUGCGUACUGCAAGCAAGGCUUCGUUGCUGCUGGCUGGGGAGUCUUCCUGGAGAUGCCAGAGAGGGACACGGUCUCGUACAAUGCCAUGAUGAUGGGGUGCUCCAAGGAGGGGCUGUACAGGGAGGCACUUGGGCUAUUUGCGGGGAUGCGACGUGAAGGCAUUGACACCUGCCAGUUCACGUUCUCGAGUAUGCUGACUGUGGCAACAGGUAUGGUUGAUCUCCACCUUGGACGUCAGAUUCACGGUCUUGUUGUGAGAGCCGGCUCAGCACAUGAUGUCUUUGUCAACAACUCAUUGCUUGAUUUCUACUCGAAAUGCGAUUGCCUUGGUGAUCUGAAGCAGCUGUUUCGUGAGAUGCCAGAUCGGGACAAUGUUUCGUACAAUAUGAUGAUCUCAGCCUAUGCUUGGAACCAAUGUGCCGACAAGGUUUUGCAGUUAUUCAGGGAGAUGCAGGAAAUUGGAUUUGACAGGCGGGGCUUACCAUAUGCUAGCUUACUGAGUGUAGCUGGGUCACUGCCUGACAUUGAGAUUGGGAAACAAAUACAUGCUCAAUUGGUACUUCGUGGCCUUGCUUUGGACAAUCUUGUAGGGAAUGCCCUGAUUGACAUGUACUCAAAAUGCGGUAUGCUGGAUACAGCAAAGACUAUUUUUGCAAACAAAAGUGAAAAAACUGCCAUCUCGUGGACCGCAUUGCUAACCGGUUGUGUCCAGAAUGGUCAGCAUGAGGAAGCACUGCAAUUAUUCUGUGACAUGAGAAGAAUUGGUCUAAGGCCUGAUAGGGCAACUUGUUCUAGCAUUAUGAAGGCUUCCUCAAGCCUGGCAAUGAUUGGGCUAGGAAGGCAGCUGCAUUCUUACCUCACAAAAUCUGGCCACAUGUCCAGUGUGUUCUCAGGUAGUGCCCUUCUCGACAUGUACGCAAAAUGUGGCUGUUUGGAUGAAGCCAUCAGGACAUUUGAUGAGAUGCCUGAGAAGAAUUCCAUCACAUGGAACGCUGUUAUUUCAGCCUACGCACACUAUGGACAGGCAAAGAAUGCCAUCAGGAUGUUUGAAAGCAUGCUCCACUGUGGUCUUUAUCCAGAUUCAGUCACCUUCUUGAGUGUGCUAGCAGCCUGUGGUCACAAUGGUCUUGCGGAAGAAUGCAUGAAAUACUUCGACCUUAUGAAAUAUUCCUAUAGCAUGUCACCCAGGGUGGAACACUAUUCUUGUGUUAUUGAUACCUUGGGUCGUGCAGGCUAUUUUGAUAAAGUUCAGAAAGUGUUGGAUGAGAUGCCAUUUGAGGCUGGUCCAAUAAUAUGGAGCUCCAUUCUUCACUCAUGCAGGAUCCAUGGAAACAAAGGUUUAGCUAAAAUGGCUGCCGAAAAAUUGUUCAUUAUGACGCCCACAGAUGCGACACCCUAUGUUAUACUGUCCAACAUAUAUGCUAAAGCUGGUCAUUGGGAGGAUGCUGCACGUGUGAAAAAGAUUAUGAGAGAUAGAGGAGUUAGGAAAGAUUCGGGUAACAGUUGGGUUGAAAUCAAUCAAAAGAUCUACAGCUUUUCUUCAAAUGAUCAAACCAACCCAAUGAUAGCUGAGAUGAAAGAAGAGCUUGAGAGGUUGUACAAAGAGAUGGAUAAACUAGGCUAUAAGCCCGACACUAGCUGUGCCUUACAUCUGGUGGAUGAUGAGCUAAAGCUGGAGUCGUUGAAAUACCACAGCGAGAGAUUAGCCAUUGCGUUUGCACUGAUUAACACCCCACCUGGGACACCAAUUAGGGUUAUGAAAAAUCUUAGUGCCUGCCAAGACUGCCAUGCCGCCAUCAAGAUGAUAACUCAAAUUGUGAACAGAGACAUUAUUGUAAGAGACUCACGCAGAUUUCACCAUUUCAAGGAUGGUGUUUGCUCUUGUGGAGACUAUUGGUAGGAAUUCGGCGUGCUGCGUAGUUUGAUCAAACUAAUAAAAAUGCAUACUGAAUACGCUGAAGCUCAAGCAAAGAUUUACAGGAGCACAUGUGUCAGUAUCUGAAGGCUCUAAUGGUUUGUACAGAGCUGAAGACAUCCCUGAAUGCGAAAAUUGAGGCAUGACUGCAUUGGCGUUCGGCCUAGUUGUGAUUGACAUAAUCAAAAGGUUGUUAUCUGUAUUCGGCCUGGAUACCUAGCAGGUUAGUUCCUUCAAUUUUGUUGAUACACUUUCAUCUGUGACUGAUAUUGUCUUGAAAUCUUUGAUGUCAGAAACCUCAAUUUAAACACUUGCGCUAGAAGCACGAGUAGCUUGUAACUUGUAACACAAUAGCAUGUGUUGUAAGUAAAAUGUGUACUAUAGUGGAAAGGCAAAUUGGCCAGGAAGGAAUGCGGCCACGUACUAAUUAGUGGUGCAACAAACCACUAAAUAGCAAAAUCUCAAUUUUUCCCCACGAGAUAUUGAGCAUUGCUUAUCACAUUGUCUGAUCAACAUCAACAACAUCAACAAAGCCUUUUAAUCCCAAACAAGUUGGGGUAGGCUAGAGUUGAAACCUAACAAAGACCAUUAUUUAUGGUUCUGGCACGUGAAUCGUGGCUUUCCAAACACUCCUAUCCAAGGACAAAUCUCUAGGUAUACUCCAGUCUUUCAAGUCUCUUCUAAUUGUUUCUUCCCAUGUCAACUUCGGCCGGCCCCUGCCUCUCCUCAUAUUACCGUCGUGCUUUAGGAUACCACUAUGCACUGGUGCCUCUGGCGGUCUCCGUUGGACAUGUCCAAACCAUCUCAGCCGGUGUUGGAUAAGAUUUUCUUCAAUUGGUGCUAUCCCUAGCCUAUCCCGUAUAUCAUCAUUUCGAACUCGAUCCAUCCUUGUAUGCCCACAAAUCUAACGCAACAUGCGUAUUUCUGCAACACUUAAUUGUUGGACGUACCGCCUUUUUGUAGACCAACAUUCCGCACCAUACAACAUUGCCAGUCUAAUCGCCAUUCUAUAAAACUUGCCUUUUAACUUCUGAGGUACCUUCAUGUCACAAAGGACGCCAGAUGCUUGGCGCCACUUCAUCCAUCCUGCUUUGAUUCUAUGACUAACAUCCUCAUCAAUAUCUCCAUCUCUCUGUAGCAUCGAUCCCAAAUAUCGAAAGGUAUCCCUCUUGGGCACUACUUGGCCUUCCAAACUAACAUCUCUCUCCUCAUGAGUGGCGCCGAAGUCACACCUCAUAUACUCAGUUUUAGUCCUGCUAAGUCUAAAACCUUUGGACUCUAGCGUUUGCCGCCACAACUCCAGCUUCCUAUUCACUCCGCACGGCUUUCAUCAACUAACACGACAUCAUCAGCGAAAAGCAUACACCAAGGAAUAUCACCUUGUAUGUCUCUUAUGACCUCAUCUAUCAACAACAACAACAACAACAACAUAGUCUUUUUUCCCAAGCAAGUUGGGGUAGGCUUGACCUCAUCCAUCACUAGGGCAAAAAGAUACGGGCUCAAAGCUGAUCCUUGAUGUAGUCCUAUCUUAAUCGGAAAGUCAUCUGUGUCACCAUCACUUGUUCGGACCCUAGUCAUUACAUUAUUGUACAUGUCCUUAAUGAGGGCCACAUACUUUGUUGGGACUUUAUGCCUAUCCAAAGCCCACCACAUCACAUUCCGUGGUAUCUUGUCAUAAGCCUUCUCCAAGUCAAUGAAAACCAUGUGUAGGUCCUUCUUCCGCUCUCUAUACCGCUCCAUGACAUGUCUUAUUAGGAAAAUUGUUUCUAUGGUUGACCUUCCAGGCAUGAAACCAAACUGGUUCAUAGUGACCCGCGUCAUCCCUCUCAAACGAUGCUCAAUAACUCUCUCCCAUAGCUUCAUAGUAUGGCUCAUCAACUUAAUUCCCCGGUAGUUGGUGCAGCUUUGAAUAUCCCCUUUGUUCUUUUAGAUCGGCACCAAUAUACUCCUCCACUCUUCAGGCAUCUUGUUCGACCGAAAAAUACGGUUGAAAUUUUUUUGUUAAGCCAAACUAUAGCUAUAUCACCUAAGCACCUCUACACCUCGACUGGAAUACCAUCAGGGUCUGUCGCCUUACCUCCUUUCAUCCUUUUCAACGCCUCUUUGACCUCAGAUUCUCGAAUCCUCCUCACAAAGCGCCUGUUGGUGUCAUCAAAAGAGUCGUCCAGCUGAAAAGUUGUCUGAUAUAGAGAGAAUUAGAUGGUUAGCCAAGUAACCAACUGAGAUAUGGUUCUUUGUGGUGGAACCUGCUUACCUAGAAUUACAUUGGUACUUGCAUUUCCGAUAAAUAUUAGGGAAACAUACCAGCUACCAACAGUGAGAUGCCUCGUCAAUCUCAAAAUCUACCGACCAAUCUCUUAAAAAUAUUCAUAGAGGUAGGAUGUGCAUGUGUGCGUGCAUGUAUUUAUGAACAGUGUUCAAAAAAAAGAAAAGGAAAAAAAUAAGAUGGUUUAACUUAUCAGAUAUUGACUGGUGGAGAUGUAUAAAUUAUGAUGCACCAGCACCACCAGUGUAAAACUGCGUGUUUUAAAACUGAAAGAAAAAGAAUCUGUGGUGCUGAUCUGAAAAUAAAAAUAAAUCUGUGCAUAGUUCGGAGGUAUGGGCACUAAUCUGAAAAACCCUUGGAGGCGUGGACUGGACUGCAGCGAAUUUGGCGAGGCAGCGGCUGAACCAAUGGUGCAGAGACGGCCGCGCUCACCCAGUUGAGGCUGAGGGAGACUGCUUGGCUGAUGGCUGCAGUUGGCCUGACCAAGCGGUCUGAAAUGGAGCACGUCAGUCACGCACGCAAAAAUUACAGUGUGCUGGCCGUGGCCUCGGAUUUUUUCUUGCGACGAAGGAUGGAAGGGAAGGGAAGAAAGGAAAUGCGCGGCCAGGACAUCUGCUCUGAAUCUCCGAUCAGCAGAUAAAAUCAGCACGAUCGCGACGAGCGAAGAUUUUUUUCCUUUCUUCCCAAAAUUGUUUUUUUUUUCUGGUACUACUAGUUGCAUUGCGGAGCAGUAAAUCAGCACAAGUUACCUGCUGGGCUUGGUUAAUUCGGCUCUUGGCCGCCCGUACGUCUCCGCCCGCCGUCUUUCUCAUCCUCCGCGGGCGGUGGCUGCGAGCGCGUGCGUGCCUUACCUUGCCUUGCUCUCGAUUCAUGGGCAUGGCGGCUUCGCCGGCUUGUGCUCCGGGCCUCAUCUCCGGCCCCACGCUCCCUCCCCAGCCCGUUGCCUUCCGCUGCUGCUGGGCCCCAAAGCCUUCCUCGUCGUCGUCCACCUCCAGGCGCCCGCGGGGCAGGCGCGUACUCGUGCUUGCAGCUGCCUCCGCCCGCGCCUCCCCUGCGGCCGCUCGGGGCCUCGACGCCGACGACUUCCGCCACCCGCUCGACAAGCAGAACACUUUGCUGCUAAGAGCGAUCCCCGGCCUUAACGACGUGGGCAAGGCUUUGCUAGGGCCAGUCUCUGAGCAAGUUAUGGUCCUCCAGAACAUCGGGUCGUCUGUUCUUGUCUCUCCAAACCAGCUGCCAGAUCUUCACCAGCUCCUGGAAGAGGCUGCCAAACUCUUGAACACAGAAGCUCCUGACUUGUACAUAAGGCAGAAUCCUGUUCCUAAUGCUUACACCUUAGCAAUCAAUGGCAAAAAGCCAUUUAUAGUUGUCCAUACGAGCCUCGUGGAGCUUCUUACUAGAAAAGAAUUGCAGGCUGUUUUGGCUCAUGAGUUGGGUCACCUAAAGUGCGAUCAUGGCGUGUGGCUUACCUUUGCCAACAUACUAACGAUGGGAGCAUAUACUGUCCCUGGUUUUGGCAUGGUUGCUGGCUUCAUGGAAGAGCAGCUGUACAGAUGGCUGCGAGCUGCAGAGCUGACUUGCGACAGAGCAGCUCUUCUUGUGGUGCAAGACCCAAAAGUUGUCAUCUCUGUUCUGAUGAAACUGGCCGGAGGAUGCCCAUCUCUUGCUGAUCAACUAAAUGUGGAUGCCUUCUUGGAGCAAGCUCGUUCGUAUGACAAAGCUGCAUCGAACCCAGUUGGGUGGUACAUCCGGAAUGCUCAAACCAGAGAGCUUUCACACCCUUUGCCUGUGAUGCGAGCUCGUGAGAUCGAUGAGUGGUCAAGGAGUCAGGAGUAUAAGACCCUAAUGCAAAAAUGGCUUCAGAUGGGGCUAAACAGAGUAUAGCUAAUGUGAGACAUGAAAAAAGGACUAUGAAACGGAAUGUUUGGAUUGGAGAAAGCUGGUGCUGCCGAAUAACAUACACAAACAUGGACAUAUACUGUAUAUAUUUGCGCUUGAAAUUAGUUUUCUUGUAUAUGAUCUCUUUUUCUUUCCUUCUGUGACUGGUGCACUCUUGUAAUUAGAACUAGAGUUAAUAAAAGUUCAUGGAAUUA